GUCUAAGAAAUCAUCACCCAAUCAAUAUGAAGUGCAUCGCCAUCAUUUCCACCAUCUGCCUGCUGGCCGCUUGCGUUGCCGCCAAUCAGCAGAACCCGAUGUUGGGUUCGUCCUAUGGAGGUGGCUACGGCGCACCGGCCGCUGCUUCGUCGUAUGCCGCUCCAGCUGCUCCAUCGUAUGCCGCUCCUGCUGCUCCAUCCUACGCUGCCGCCCCGGCCUCGAUCCCAGCCCCUCCUUGCCCCAAGAACUACCUGUUCAGCUGCCAGCCCAACCUGGCCCCAGUACCAUGCAGUGCUCCAGCCCCCAGCUACGGAUCUGCCGGUGCCUACUCGCAGUACGCCCCCGUCUACGCUCAGCAGCCCAUCCAGUGGUAAAUUGAUUAAUAGAAGCCACCGACCCAUAUGGAACUUUAACAGCAAUAAUUGAAAAAAUAAAAAAAUAUAUUUAUGAUCAUGCAUAACA